UUAUGAACAUUCAAUCCUCCCAACUCAAUUUCGUAGAUUUGGCUGGAUCUGAAAGACAAAAAGAUACUGAAGAUGUCAGGUUAAAGGGAUCUGUCUGUUCCAGGAAAUACAGUUCAAAGAGGUAGAGAAAAAACAGUCUCGCCCAGCUUCAAAGCGUGAUGUUAAUGUUCUGUUAAUUAGCACUUCAGCAGAACAGACAGCUUUCUUCUCUGGUUGUUGAUGGCUUCAGGUUGCUCACACAGCCGUGGCUCACCUUUCUCCUGUCACUUUGGAAGGCUUCCCCCAGAUCAAACGAGCUGACUGCCAUCUACUUGUGAUCAACAGAGUUUCCACCUUUAUCGUCACCUCUAAGGGGCAAUUUUUCAGCCCCCUGGGGGCCCCUGGCAGAAAGAAACCAAUCACGGAAAGCAGAGCCCCACUUUCCCUCAACCAUAUUGCCAUGACGCCAAACUGGAAGGCUCAACAGUGAUGCAUAUCUAUUCACUCUUUUUUUUUUGCUUGGGCCAGGUGAUGACUGCACUAGAUGGAAAACAGAGACAUAUCUCCUAUAAAAACUUCCAAGCUCACAUUUCUGCUGUGGGUAAUUGAAACUUGAUAUUUUGAUAAUAGUUCUGAAAAAUUGUUUGAGUUUAUAUUAUUCAAGUCUGUACUAAAGAUGGAAAACUCUAUAAUUUUUCAAUAAUAAGAAUAUGCAACAAGUUCAUAUGUAAAUCUUUCUAAUGUGAAAUAUCCUAUUUUAAGUCCAAAUGCACUGUUCUGAAUUAAAGGCAGAUGUUUUGAGCAUUUUGGAAAUGUUUCCAGUUCCCAGCUUGAAACCAUUCUGUUUCUCAAACUCAAACCAAACAUUUUUUCUUGUUUCAAAAACACUCCCAUAACAAGUAUGUUUUAAGUACUUAAAACAGCUUGUUAAUCAGGAAAUUGUUUGGAUAUUAUUUUUUUACUGGAUUUACAAAAAGGGCUAUGUUAAGAUUUUGAAUGGUUUUAUUAGAAUUGACAAGCAAAAGGAUAAAUUUUACUUUAGGAUAAAUUAUACUGUAGGAUAAAUUAUACCUGCAAAAGAAACUUGUUGAGGUUCUGAAAAUUUUUUGCCUUGAAACAUAUGAUCAACAAACCUGAAACUAGGGUUGCCAGAUGUCCACUAUUUGAGUGGACAGUCCACUUUUUUCACAUUAUGUUCACUAUUUUUUUUUCACAAAAUAGUGGACAUUUUUUUUAUUCAAAAGCUUUAUGAUGAAAUGGUACGUAAUCUAAAACUGUAUGGUCUAAGAGAAUAAGGAUAAGAGAAUCGUGUUUUGUCUUUUUUUUCAUAAGUUAAAAUCAGACAAAGAUCGAAUAUCCAUUGAACUCGAUUCUCCGAAAAAAUUAAUGAUGAGAUUAAAAUAAAAAUAUAUUAUAAAAUUAUGUACAGUUCACAUUUUUAAAAUGUAUUGUAGCUUGUGUCGACUGACCUAAAAUGGUGUCGAGUUAUGAGAGUGACAGUGGCGAGAUUUUGAAUUCUUUAAAACGAAAGAGAGGAGUGUGCAAAUACACCAAAGACUGGGAAGCUACUUUUGCAUGGAUUACCAACAACGAAACCGACAGAACAAAUAUGACAGCCUACUGUAAAUUGUGUCAGAAAUUGUUUACAAUUGAAAAUAAUGGUAUAAAAGCUGUCACACAGCAUGCAAGCACAAAAAAUAAUUUAGAUAAGGAGAAAAUAGCUUCCAGCAACAAGUGAAUUAAUUCGUUUUUCAUUGUUAAAGACUCCUCUUUCAGUGAGAAAGUGACUGUAGCUGAAAUGGCUGAAACUUACCAUGGGAUCAAACACCAUAUUUCUUUCCUGGCUCAAGAUUGCGGUAUUAAGUUAAUGAAGCAAAUUUUUGAUGAUUCAGAAAUUGUAAAAAAGAUGUCUUGUGGAAGAACCAAAUCAUCAGCUAUUGUCACUGAGGUUUUGUAUCCUUUUUCUAUUGAGUUGGUUCUCAAUGAUCUUAAAACUGUAAUUCCAUUUUCUCUCUCCACUGACACAUCAAACAAGGGAAAUCGCAAAAUGUAUCCCGUUGUUGCCCAAUAUUUUACUUGUGAAGAAGGACUGUGUGAGAAAUAAAGAAAUUAGGGUUAUUCCUGUAAAACAAUAUAGCCUAAGUUACUCCAUUUUAAAAUCAUGUUAAGGCCUUAUUUUACUCUGUAUAACCUGAGUAUAUAAUUUAGCUGACAGUUUAAGGAGUGUGAGAACAGGAUGUGUGGUUCCUGUGUUUUUAGAGGAAGUUGUGUUCUUGAGAUGUCCAGGUCGGCUUGACCUCGUUAAGAAAGGGAAGUGCGUAUAUGCUGAUAUUACUUGUUAUGCUGAUAUACACGUGUAAGCAAUAUUUUUAAGUAGGGUAUUUUUAUGUACUGGAAUUAUGGGGACUUUCCAUAAUGGGAAUAUCAUGUGUUCAUGUAUUAUAUAAAGUCUGAAAUUGUACUCAAGGGACAUGCUUGUAUCCUGUAAGAUGUAACCUGAAAAUUGUAUAAAAGACGGCGAGAAAGGAUGGUAAUUGCUCCCUCACUUUGGGGGGGACCUUUGCAAAGAAAUAAUUAAAUAAACUAUAUUCUUGUCUUAUCUCACAACUCUCUGUCAAUUAUUUUCUGGGUACAGGCAUUUCCUGUGUAUCACAAUUGGCGCCCGAACAGGGACUUGAGAACCUUUCGUCUGGUAAGCAAAUAAAUCUAAAAAAGCGCGCUAAACACUGUUUUGGUGUUAAGGUUUGUUUUCUUGCCGGACGGGAGCAGCUUCUCUAAUCAACCCUGGGACGGAGACUUGGAGAUCAGGACAGGAGACAGGAGGAACGUUCCGGGGGACUGCACUGGGAGUGAGUAUACUUUUUCUCUCUGGGGUUUUAUUAGGUGUGCUUAGUGUGUGUAUGAGUGUGACAGUAUGGGGCUUUCUUGGAGUAAACGUAGUGAAAAUACUAACAAUGAAAUACCCUCUAUUCCUCCAAUAUCACCUUUAGGGGAGUUGUUAACUCAGUGGACAGAGGAUUGGUUGAAGGUUUAUACUAAACAGUUGGAUAAGGUGGCUAUGAUUAAUUACUGUACAAGAGUGUGGCCGAAGUUUAUCUUGAUAAAGCCUAAUUACAGGUGGAGUAAGUUUGGGGAGUCUGACCCGUAUUGGAUCAAUGCCUUGAAGAAGGUAUUGGAAGGCAAGAAACUAAUUUCUCAGUUGCCAUAUGUUGAACCGUGGUUUCAUGUUCAGUGGUUUGAUCCCUUUCCACCCAGGGAUUCUAGAGUGUUGUAUGGGGAAGAGGAGGAAGAGACAAGGUGGGAUCCUUUGGCUUAUGCUACAUGCCCACCUUUACCUCCUCCAUAUAACCCGAAUGCUGCUGGGGCAGUAGUUGGCUUAGCUGGGGCAGCUGCUGCUAGGAGCAGUGGGGGAGUACCUUCAACAGUUCGGCAAUACCAACAGAUAAAGAGGGAGUCGGAAGAAGUGCCAACACCGGUAAGACCUCCUUCCCCUCGUAAGACACGUCUACAAACUAAGAAAAUGUUGCCCUUGAGGGAGAUGCCAAAUGGUUUAACUGGUGCAGGCCUCCCAGUGACAACGUUUGUAAAUGUGCCUUUAACGUCUUCAGAUUUGAGAAAUUACAAGAGUAAUAUGCCGUCUCUACAAGCGGAUCCAAUUAAGUUGUCAGAAUCAUUGGAUCUGUUCUUGGGGCCCAAUUUGUAUACGUAUGCUGAGUUACAGCAUAUAUUGGGUUACCUGUUCUCCCCUGAGGAGAGGUCACAAAUACGGAAGGCGGCUAUGGCCUAUUGGGAUAAGACCCAGGUCGGGGCCGCUCAACCCGUGGCUGCAGAGACAAAGUUUCCAUUAGCAGACCCUGGUUGGAAUAAUAACAAUGCAGCUGACCGGGGGCAAAUGGAGGACCUGAAGAGGAUUAUACUUCAGGGAGUUAAGACAGCUGUACCUCAAGGAAAGAAUUUGACUAAAGCUUUUGAGGUGGAACAGCUGCGAGAUGAAACACCCUCAGUGUUUCUAGAACGUAUUAAGGACAAUUUAAAUAAGUAUUCUGGUCUUUCUCCUGAAACGCCAGCUUAUGAGUCCUUAAUGAAAAUGCAGUUUGUGACAAAGGCAUGGCCAGACAUCAAGAAGAAAAUACAGAAAAUUGAUGACUGGGCUGGGUCUGAUAUUACCGCCCUGUUGAAGGAGGCUCAAAAAGUGUAUGUGAAUAGAGAUGAAACAAAGACUAGGCAAAAGAGUCAGAUGAUGGUGUCAGUAAUGAAGGCUGCAAAUAAGCCAGCAGAUAGAAAGGAAGUGGUGGGGAGAGGAAGAAAUUUUGGAAAGAAUCCGUCCACUGUAUUGAAACAGCGUCCAGGAAUAGGAAGAGGAUUUCCACAGUUGAGGAGGCCUGGAAUUAGUGGCCAGGAAAGUAGGAAAUGUUUUGCGUGUGGCAAGGAGGGGCAUUUUGCUAGAAAUUGUCCAGAGAAGAGGAGGUCCCAGAGGAUGGAACCGCGCCUCUAUACCCUUAUGGGAGAAGAGGAUGAUUAGUGGGGUCAGGGGCUUUUGAUAGAGGGAUCCCACCAAGAGCCCUUGAUAAAAUUGUUAGUGGGACCAGAAGAAGAGGAAUAUGUGUUUUUGAUAGACACGGGAGCAACUAGAACUUCUAUUUGUAAAAUACCUAAUGGAGUGCAUCAAACAGGUGCAACCAUUAAAAUAAGGGGUGUUCAAGGAAUACCUUUUGAAGUGCCAUUGUUGAAUAAUAUGACUUUGGGUUGUGGAAAGCAAAGGAUCUAUUUAGAUGUUAUAUUUGUACCAGAAGCUGGCAUUAAUCUGCUUGGAAGAGAUGCAUUAUCGCUUCUUGGUUGUGAGUUAAAAUUCUCUUGUAAUGAGUCUAUAGUUAAUGUGUUGACGGAAGAACAGGAGAGGAAUAUUGACCCUAUUGUGUGGGAACAGGAAGGUAAUAGGGGAGUUUUAGAUAUUCCCCCAUUGAAAGUGACUUUGAAGGAAGGGACAGUUCCUGUGAAGGUGAAGCAGUAUAAUAUUCCUAUAGAUUUGAGGAGAGAGUUAAAGCCAGUGAUUGAGAAGUUGUUAGCAGAUGGAUUGAUUGAACCUACUAUGUCCCAGUAUAAUUCACCUAUAUUACCUGUUAGGAAGCCUGAUGGAUCUAUUAGAAUAGUUUUGGAUUUACGCCAAAUAAAUUUAUUGGUUGCCAAUAGACAUUCGAUUGUAGGAAAUCCCUAUACGUUGUUGGGGAGGAUACCACAUAGCCAUAAAUAUUUUAGUGUGAUAGAUUUAAAGGAUGCGUUUUGGACAUGUCCUUUGGAUGAGGAAUCAAGAGAUAUUUUUGCUUUUGAAUGGGCGGAUCCAGAUACUCAUAGGAACCAGCAAUAUAGAUGGUGUGUUUUGCCACAGGGAUUUUCUGAAAGUCCGAAUUUGUUUGGACAGAUGUUGGAACAAGUGUUGGAAGGAUUUUGUAUUCCUUCUGGAUUACAGGUGUUACAAUAUGUAGAUGAUUUGUUGUUAUCUGGAGAGAAAAAGGUUGAGGUAGAGAAGGGAACAAAUGCAUUAUUGAAUUUUUUGGGGAGAAGUGGCUUGCGGGUGUCAAAAAGGAAACUUCAGUAUGUGGAGUUAGAAGUUAAAUACUUAGGUCACUUGAUAAGUCAGGGAAGUAAACGGAUAAAUCCUGAGAGAGUAGAAGGAAUAAUAACUCAGCCUUUGCCGAAAACUAAGAAGGAAGUUAGGAAAUUGCUUGGUUUAGUGGGCUAUUGUAGAUUGUGGAUAGAUGAUUAUACGGAUAAGGUGCGGUUUUUGUAUGAUAAGUUAAUAGAGGAGGAACCUUGGACAGUUAUAUGGAAAGAUGAUGAUGAGUCUAAAUUGAAGGAAUUGAAAAGAUCCUUAAUGCAGGCUCCGGUUUUGAGUUUACCAGAUUUGAAGAAACCGUUUCAUCUGUUUGUGGCAGUAGAAGAUGGAAUUGCAAAAGGGGUGCUUGCUCAAACCUGGGCGGGAAAGAAGAAACCUAUAGCUUUUUUGUCAAAGUUGAUGGAUCCUGUAGUACGAGGAUGGCCGUUGUGUGUGCAGGCGGUGGCAGCAACUGCCUUAUUGGUAGAGGAGAGUAGAAAAUUGACAUUUGGGGGUGCAUUAGUUGUGAGUAGUCCACAUCAGGUUAGAACUAUCUUGAUGCAGAAGGCGCAUAGGUGGUUAACAAAUGCAAGACUUUUGAAGUAUGAAGUUAUUUUAUUGUCUCAAGAGAAUUUAGUUCUUUCUACAGAUAGAAAUUUGAAUCCGGCAGAAUUCUUGUCAGGAGAGAGACAGGAGUGGGAUUCUAUAGAGCAUAAUUGUGUGGAAGUAAUUGAUUUGCAGACCAAGGUUAGGGAAGAUUUAGAGGAUAGUCCAUUAGAGGGCGGUAUUAACUUAUUUAUUGAUGGUUCUUCUCGAGUUAAGGGCGGAAGGAGAAUAAAUGGGUAUGCUGUUGUAAAUGGGGACACUUCAGAGAUUCUAGAAGCGGGGAAGUUACCGUCUGAAUGGUCGGCGCAAACGUGUCUAAAGGAUUAUUGGCGCAAACUCCACCGCUUGAUUUUCAAAUCCAUGAAUAUAAGAGUGGAGACUGGGUCCUGAUUAAAGCACUUAAGGAGAAAAAGUUGCAAUCGGUGUGGGAAGGACCGUUCCAAGUUUUGCUGACUACUGAAUCGGCUGUGAGGACAAAGGAACGAGGUUGGGUGCAUUAUUCAAGAGUGAAAGGACCGGUGUCUUCGCCAUAUGGAUGGACGGUGGAUGCAAAAUCUACGGAUCCGUUGAAACUGACCUUUCGUAGACAACCCUUAGAUGAUUGAGGACCAACGGAUGGAAGAAAAGUUUUAUGAAGAAUUUUGUAUUUGGUUAGGAGUGAUAUUGAUUUUUGUUAUAUUUUUGAUUGUAUUAAGAAAAGAUAUAAUUGAUUGGUGUAAAUCUAUGCUUUGGUAUCCAGUGGAUGAAAGUUCACCUCGACAGUUUGAUACCUUGGUGGUAAGAUAAUAAUAUUUUAUCUUUUUGAAAGCUAUAUUGGAGAGGGGAAUUAGUCCACUAGGAAGAUGGGGUAUAUGGUGUUUCUGUUUAUUUUAUUGAAGGUGCAGAUAGGGAUGGAAAAAGAGAUGUUGGCUGUGUUACAAGAUUAUCCAAUAACAUGGCAGCAGUUAUGUUUCCAUACUGAACUUGAGCACCGAUAUUCUUUAAUAGAGACACUGACCUUGAUAGAGGGUGCUGAAGAAGCUGAUAUAUGUAUAAGAUCAUCUUUUGUUGAUGGGAUACCCUUGGGCAGAUAUGCUAAUUGUAAUAAUACAUAUGACAUUACCACUAAAUACACUGAUUUGUCAGAAAGAAUGGAGUUUUUAUAUAAUCAAUGUACUGAUCUUUAUGGUAAUCAUACUCCUUCAUAUAAGAAGUUCCGUAUUUUGGAGGAGGGAUUACAUUUUCCAUAUUUUGAAAUAAAGGCCCCUUCGAAGUUAAUGUUUUUAUGUGGAAAUUUGGCUUUGCCUAAAUUGCCUUAUUUUUGGAAGGGAAGAUGUGCUGUUGGUUAUCUUAAAGCACCUUUACGACAUGCCAGAAGUAUUGCUGAACGGAGGACGAGAGAAGGCAAUAUAUUUCUGGAUUUAAUGAAGGUAGCUUUAAACAGUACUUCCUUUUGUGUCAGAGGUGAGACAACUGUCUCUGAUAUAAUGGCUACAUGCUUUGUGGGGGUACCAGUACCGGGAAAGUUUUUGUUUGAGGAAGCAAAUAUUGUAAUAGAGCCAAAUAAUCUUAAUUUGUCACAUAUUAUAACAUUAUUUGGGAGUCCACAAAAGCCAACUAAGUGGACAAAUCAGAAGAAACUGGUGAUUGAAGUUAAGACAAUAUUGCCAGCAUAUGAUUGUGUAAUAUAUAAACAUCCUGAGAAGCGACCGGAGAAGGUAAUAUAUGUUCCUGUGCCUAAUAAAAAGGUUUUUCACUGCUCAGAAACGGAGGAAGUGGAAGCUAUAAAUCAGGUUCUAUAUUUGCCUAAAGGUUGGUUUCUCUUUUGUGGGUUAUAUGCUUAUGCAUAUAUUCCAGCACAUGCAGUAGGUGGUCCUUGUACUAUUGGCCGUUUAACUACUGUUAUGGCUGUUGCACAUUUUAAAGAUAUAAAUUAUAAAACAGAGUUUUAUUAUGAGAUGAUGAAUGCAAGUCUGUAUCAUACUGACCGUGUUCAGAAAAAAGUAAUGACUAAAGUAACUACGCAUGGAGGUGUUGAAAGUGUAGAGGGACAUGGAAAUGGAGAAAUUCCUAGGCCUGAAGGGGAACCUCAUUUGAUUAUAUAUGCUCCUAAGAAUCCUACUAAAUGGCAUAUUACUCCGAUAGAAACAUAUGACCAUGUUGGAGAAGGAACAUAUAAGGGGAUUUAUAGAGGUAAAAGAGAUGCUACACAAUUGGAAUUUGAUGCUAAUUGUAAUGAUGAAGUGGUAGUACUGAAUAAGGUUCAGGCUGGACUUUUGGGAAUGUUUCCAUGGAUGUCUACACAAUAUAGUCAGAAUCAACUUGGACACCUAGCUUGUGCUUUAGCUAAGAGUAUAAAUGAAACAUCUUCUGCUAUUGCUGCAUUAGCUGAUGAGAUGGGAGAAAUAAGACAAUCCUUAUUACAAAAUAGAGUGGCUAUAGAUUAUAUGCUAUUAAGAAUGGGUCAUGGGUGCGAGGAGUUCCACGGCCUUUGUUGUUUCAAUGUAUCCGAUAGGUCUCAAUUUAUAGAAUCUAAGAUAAAAACAUUACACAAUAUUACUACACAUUUAACAUAUGUAACUGAGAAUACAGCUUUCAAAGAAGUUUGGGGUAUAUUAACUUCAUGGUUACCUAGCUUUACAUGGUUAAGGGAAUUGUUUGUAGGCAUAUUAUUGAUUGUAGUUAUAUGUCUUAUUUCCUGUCUUUGUAUUAAAUGUAUACCUCUUUGCUGUAAUGUUUGGAAGUGUUGCUGCCAAAUAAAGAAGCAAAAGAAAUUAGUUGAAGACUCGCAUGGUGGCUUGGGAAGAAGAGAGGUUUCUAUAAUGUUGCAAGAUAUACAUAGUUUCCAGGAAUAAAACUGAUAAAGAGAAGAAGGAGGGAUUGUGAGAAAUAAAGAAAUUAGGGUUAUUCCUGUAAAACAAUAUAGCCUAAGUUACUCCAUUUUAAAAUCAUGUUAAGGCCUUAUUUUACUCUGUAUAACCUGAGUAUAUAAUUUAGCUGACAGUUUAAGGAGUGUGAGAACAGGAUGUGUGGUUCCUGUGUUUUUAGAGGAAGUUGUGUUCUUGAGAUGUCCAGGUCGGCUUGACCUCGUUAAGAAAGGGAAGUGCGUAUAUGCUGAUAUUACUUGUUAUGCUGAUAUACACGUGUAAGCAAUAUUUUUAAGUAGGGUAUUUUUAUGUACUGGAAUUAUGGGGACUUUCCAUAAUGGGAAUAUCAUGUGUUCAUGUAUUAUAUAAAGUCUGAAAUUGUACUCAAGGGACAUGCUUGUAUCCUGUAAGAUGUAACCUGAAAAUUGUAUAAAAGACGGCGAGAAAGGAUGGUAAUUGCUCCCUCACUUUGGGGGGGACCUUUGCAAAGAAAUAAUUAAAUAAACUAUAUUCUUGUCUUA